AUGGUGAAGCAGACAUAUUGCUGCCCAUGGUGGACUUCAAAUCAGGGGAUCCGAACUUCCCGCCUGUCUCUUAGAGCUGGAGAAGUAGCCUCCCAGCCAGCCUCCCAAGAAGCUCAGUGCCGAUUGGCUCUUUCUGCGCCCAAUGGGAGACCGCACCCUGCGCAGGUGGGCCCUGCGCUCUCUAGGGAGGCGGCAGUUGCCAGGAAACCUCUUAAACAUCGGAGCUCUCAGCCCGCCAUCGCUUUUGCAGCGAGCGGUGGUAGCGGCUGGAUCCUCAGAGCGGGAUUUUCCUCCGCCAAGAUGGCUUCUAGAAGGCGAACUUUGAGCUUCAGUGAAAGGCAUCAGAAACAAGUAGACACAAAUUACUGCAAACAACUGCAUGCCCAGUCCAUAAGAAAGAUACACAAUCAAAUCAGGGACCAAAUGGUACAGAAUGAAAGUGAUGACCUCGUGGAGCGCAAGAGAUUCCUCAGAUUAUUACAGGAUGAACAAUUUGAGUUGGAUAUGGAAGAGGCCAUUCAAAAGGCAGAAGAAAACAAAAGAUUGAAGAAACUCCAGCUUGAACAAGAAGAAAAAUUGGCUAUGGAAUUGGCGAAACUAAAACAUCAAAGUCUAAAGGAUGAAAAGAUGAGGCAACAAGUAAGAGAAAACAGUAUUGAGCUCAGAGAAUUGGAGAAAAAACUAAAAGCUGCUUACAUGAAUAAAGAAAGGGCAGCCCAGAUUGCAGAGAAGGAUGCCAUUAAAUAUGAGCAAAUGAAACGUGAUGCUGAAAUAGCCAAAACCAUGAUGGAGGAACACGAGAGAGCAGUAAAGGAAGAGAGUGCUGCGGAAGACAAACGGAAUCAAGUAAAAGCACAGUAUUAUCUUGACUUAGAGAAACAACUUGAAGAACAAGAGAAGAAAAAGCAGGAAGCAUAUGAGCAGUUACUAAAAGAGAAACUCAUGAUUGAUGAAAUUGUUAGGAAAAUCUAUGAAGAAGAUCAAUUGGAAAGACAGCAAAAGUUAGAAAAAAUGAAUGUAACUCGAAAGUAUAUAGAAGAGUUUCAGAAAGAGCAGGCUCUCUGGAGAAAGAAGAAACGUGAGGAGAUGGAAGAAGAAAACAGAAAAAUCAUAGAAUUCGCCAACAUGCAGCAACAAAGAGAAGAAGAUCGGAUGGCAAAAAUUCAAGAAAAUGAAGAGAAAAGGCUAAAGCUUCAGAACACGUUGGCUCAGAAAUUGGAAGAAAUGCUGCGGCAACGUGAAGAUUUGGAACAAGUGCGACAAGAAUUAUAUGAGGAAGAGCAAGCUGAAAUACAUAGGAUGAAACUAAGAGAGGAAGCAGAAGAGAAAUUGAGAAAGCAAAGGGAGUUGAAGCAAGAUUUUAUGGAACAAAUGGCCCUGAAGGAAUUAGUACUCCAGGCUGCAAAAGAGGAAGAGGAGACCUUCAGAAAGGCUAUGCUAGCUAAGCUUGCUGAGGAUGAUCGGAUAGAACUGAUGAAUGCUCAGAAACAAAGAAUGAAGCAACUAGAACACAGGAGGGCUGUGGAAAAACUCAUUGAAGAGCGUCGCAACCAGUUCCUUGCAGACAAACAACGUGAACUAGAAGAAUGGCAGUUGCAGCAAAGAAGACAAGGAUGUAUUAAUGCAAUUAUAGAAGAAGAAAGACUAAAACUUCUCAAAGAACAUGCUACAAAAUUACUAGGCUAUCUCCCUAAAGGAGUAUUUAAAAAAGAGGAUGAUAUAGAUAUGCUUGGUGAAGAGUUCAGGAAAGUAUAUCAGAAAAGGAGUGAAAUUUGUGAAGAGAAGUGACACCAUCAAGAUUAGGUAAAAACUAGAUUGUUUUUCACCACUAGAUGUCAUUGUAACUUUUGUUUUACAGUUAAUACUGAAUCUGUAAUCUACUUGGAUUUUCUAAAGUGUCUCU